AUGAAAAGAAGAAGAAGAAACAUAUUGAUUAUAUCAUCAUUAAAGGAGAAUACAGGUAAUACAGUACUUUGUGAAAGAAUUAAAUUAAGAUUGUUGGAUGGUGACGACAAUGAUGAGGUAAAUGGUGGUCAGCCCAGUAGUACUACCACCAGCUUUACAAUGUUUGAUGUAAACAAACAAGGAUAUGAUCAAUUCAAAUCAAUUGUCGAUCAACAACAGUUACAGUUAAAUAGUAAUAGUACUACACAACUUGGUUCAUUGGUUAUUAUUGCUGUACAUGCUUAUAGAGCUGGAUUAUUACUUGAUACAUUAUAUGGUAGUGGCGGUAAUGAUUAUAAUGAUAUUCCAUAUAUAUUGGUUUAUGGUGGAACUGAUUUAAAUGAAAUGCACAAGAAAGAAGAAAAGAUGACGGUCAUGGAAAGGGUUGUAGAAAGAGCAACUGCAAUAGUUUGUUUGACGCAAGAGAUGAUGGAUAAGUCUUAUCGUCUAUUUGAUCGGUUUGUUGGACACGAGCCAUUAAAAGCCAAAACAGCUGUUAUUUUCCCAUCUGUCGAGACAACACAUGACAUAUCAUCACCAUCAGAUGAUGAUGUUUUAAAAUCAAUAUUGCAAUCAGAUGAUUUAUAUCCUCAUCCAUCAUUGUCAUUGGAAAAUAAUCUUCCAAUAUUCAACUCUUAUAAAAAGGAUGAAAUUAAUUUAUAUCUAUUACCAAGUGGUAUUAGAACAGUUAAAGAUCCAACCUAUCUAUUGGAUUCUUUUAUUAAAUGGAGUAAUGAUAAACUUAAACUUAAACCAAUUGACCAACAGUACAACAUAUUAUUGAUUGUUGGACCAAAAUUGGAUGAAUCAUUUGAUACACUUUUAAAUCAAUUACAAAAUCAAGGAAACAAUAAUAUUAAUAAUAAUAAUGGAAACGUCAAAAAUAGUGAAGGUGUAAGUACAUGUUUACUCGAAGCAAUGGAUGUUGGAGUACCUUGUGUUGGCAGAAUCAACGAUGGCAAUUGUGCAAUCUUGGAGGAUGAGCAAUUAUUCAUCCUCUAA